UUUCCAAAGACCCAAUUCCAACUGUAGAACUCUCUCUCUCUCUCUCUCCCCCAAAUUUCUUCUUCUCUGCAACAAGAAUGGAAGGUAGGAAUGAAUACAAAAAAGGGUUGUGGACAGAGGAGGAGGAUCGAAUUUUAAUGGAUUACAUAAGGGUGCAUGGAAAAGGCAAGUGGAAUCGAAUCGCGAAAAUGUCAGGUUUGAAGAGGGGUGGCAAAAGUUGCAGAUUAAGGUGGAUAAAUUAUCUAAGUCCUAGUGUAAAGCGGGGUGGCUUUUCAGAGGAAGAAGAGGACCUCAUAAUUCGGCUCCAUAACCUUCUGGGAAACAGGUGGUCUUUGAUAGCUGGGCGGGUACCUGGGAGAACUGAUAAUCAAGUCAAGAACCAUUGGAACACUCAUUUGAGCAAAAAGCUCGGGAUAAAAAAUGGAAAAACCAAAGUUUCUGUUUCUACACAGUCGUUUUCUAGAGAAUCAGUGGCAAAUUGUAUUGUCCAUUCAGAAUCAAAUCCUGAGAUACUAACUUCCAGUUGUAAUGGAGAAUCUACAGUUGAGACUAUAAUAGAAGACAAAUCUCAUGCCGUCUUCAGCUUUACUAGCACACAAGAAGCUGUCACAAUGGACGACAAUAACAGUUCUUAUUGGUUUUUUAAUGAUGAUCUAAGUUUUGCUUCUUAUUUGGUUAGCACACAAGAAGCUGUCACAAUGGACGACAAUAACAGUUCUUAUUGGUUUUUUAAUGAUGAUCUAAGUUUUGCUCCUUAUUUGGUUGAGCCUAUAGAUGAAUAUGCUCUUGAUUUUGUUUGGGAUAGUUUGUAAGCUUUUCCUUACUAGCUAAGUGGUUUUGUAUGAACUCGAUCUUUCCUUCGUGUUGUCUCAAUAGAUCGUUUUUAAGUGAUUUUUCAGUA